AUGCGCACAGACAGGAGAGGGGAAAGCUUAUUACUAUCAGAUAUGGGAAGCUUCUUGCCAUGGGGAUCGUUGAUACUACUAUUUCUGUUGUUACAGUCCAUACUUCACUUGUCCUCCGGCUGCUUGAUGGAGGAGAGGGCUGCACUAAUGGACAUCAGGUCUUUCCUUAUGAGAGCGCAUUCCCUGAUUGCGCUUGAUUCAUGGAGGAAGGAUGAUGAUGACUGCUGCUCGUGGGAGCUUGUGAAAUGCAACAAUGAAACAAAGCGAGUGUCUCAUCUCUACCUUUCGGGUGUAUACCUAAGUAACCUAACAAUUCCAGAUGUCCCUCAGUAUUUAAACUCGACGGUAUUUUCUGCAUUCCACGAGCUUCAGUACCUAGAUCUAUCAUCCAAUUCUUUCCGUUCACUAAGCUUGGAAGGGUUGGUUGGACUAUCCAAGCUUCGAUAUCUCGACCUCAGUGACAAUACAUUUGAAGGGUGUUUCCCUGAAACUAUUGGGCGCAUUGUUUCACUGGAAGUCUUGGUUCUCAACUAUAACAACAUGAAUGGACGUCUUCCAACCACAGCUGUUGAAAAUCUUAGAAACUUGCGACAAUUGAAUAUGUCUGAGAAUAGCUUCAGCGGAAACCUCCCAGAACCGCUAUUUUCACUCCCUCACUUAAAGAUCCUGGAUCUCUCCAGCAAUAACUUUGGUGGGCAUAUUCCAGUUAGUUCAUCCUCAGGGCCCAUUUCACUUGAAGUCUUAGAUCUCAGCAUUAAUGGCCUCAGUGGAACUCUCCCAGUUAAAGCCUUUGGAAACAUCAGGAACUUGAAUUUGCAUGGCAACCUAUUCAGUGGAUCUCUCCCAGUGUCAAUAUUUGCACUUCCUCAUCUGAAGUUCCUAGAUCUCUCAUAUAAUAAUUUUGUGGGACGUUUUCCUAUUAAUUUCUCGUCAGAACCAGUUCCACUUGAUGUCUUAUGUCUUCACGGUAAUAGCAUGAGUGGAGCACUGCCGAUUGAACGAGCAUUUGAAAAUCUACUGAACCUACGGGAGUUGUAUCUGAGUUCCAACCGAUUCAUCGGAAACAUUCCAACAUUCUUGUUUUCGCUACCACACAUUGAACAGUUAAAUCUAUCAACUAAUUAUUUUGAAGGACCAUUUCCGAUAAAUCCAUCUUCGAAUCUUUCAUCGUCACUUAAGAGUCUUCGGUUCUCCCAAAACAAUCUGAGUGGUAGACUUUCUUUCGUUUGGCUUGGAAACCUCACAAAACUUGAAGAGAUAGAUCUUUCAGGCAAUGCCAACCUGGCUGUUAAUAUUUCCGGAUGGACACCUCCGUUCCAGUUGAAACAACUACUGCUCUCUGCUUGUGACCUUGACAAGAACAUAAUUGCGGAACCACAUUUUUUACGCACACAGCGUCAUUUAGAGGUGCUUGAUUUGUCCAACAAUAACUUGUCAUGCAGCAUGCCAAAUUGGUUGUUUACAGAGGAAGCAACACUACAGGUUCUAAAUCUUGGGAAUAACUCGCUAACUGGAUCGCUGGACCCAAUAUGGCAUACCCAAUAUUCUCUCAGCAGUAUCGAUAUACACAUGAACCAUGUCGCAGGACAGCUGCCGGCCAACCUCAGCUCAAUGUUUCCAAUUUUGUCUGUUCUAGAUUUUUCUAGUAACAACUUGUUUGGGGACAUACCAACGUCACUGUGCGAGAUCAGCUUCAUGGGAAUUUUAGACCUAUCAAACAACAAACUUUCUGGGGAGGUCCAGCUUGUGUUUUUAUUAAUUAUCCCCUGCUAUUGA